GAUAGAACCAGUUGGUUGAACCCAAUUUUGAUCUCGCUUUACCAUUUAAACCGUGAAUCCAAAGAUUUUCUGAUUCAAGAAUCAAUCCGGUUUUCAAAACCUUGGAUAAGGUAACACAUGAGUUUAUUGUAUGUGUAUGAUUAGAUUACAUAGGCAUAGCCAGAUAGGGUAGGUGUCAACCUUAACACCCUUGUAGAUGGAGUACCUACAGUAAGCAGUAGUCAGUACAUUGUAGAACAGGAAAAAAUUGUGGCCGGGAUUAUAGAACGGACUUCUCCUUCAAACCAUCACAGUUCUAGAGCUUGAGCUUGUCCGCAAUUUUACUCUUAUUUGGUCUAUGGAAGACGAUCAGUGGGUUCUGGUUCGGCGACCAAAAGAGAAAGAUUGGUGGAGUCCUCGUGCAGAGGACGCCGACUCUGAGAAGGACACAAAGAGGUCAAAGCCGUUGAAGGUCACGUUUACUGACCCUGCAAAGUACUGGACCGACGCGAUACCAAUAGGUUGUGGACGACUCGGAGCCAUGGUCUGGGGCGGCGUUGGAUCCGAAAUUAUCCAGCUCAACGAAGACACAUUGUGGACUGGAUCUCCGGGAAACUAUACUAACCCAGAAGCUCCUGAGGCACUAUCAGAAGUCAGAAAACUUGUUGAUGAUGGUCAAUAUGCUGAAGCUACGGAAGCGGCCAUCAAAUUGACUGCAAAACCUGCAGAUGUUUACCAACUUCUUGGUGAUAUCAAGCUAGAAUUUGAUGAUUCCCAUGUUGCUUAUGGUAGAGACACGUAUCACAGAGAGCUAAACUUGGAUACUGCAACAGUACAAGUGAAGUAUACUGUAGGCGAGGUAGAAUUUCUGAGGGAACAUUUUGCUUCGAGACCUGAUAAAGUGAUUGCUACAAAAAUAUCUGGAAGUAAAUCAGGUUCUUUAACCUUUGCAGUAUCUUUUGACUGCAAGUUAGAUCACCACUCUUACAUAAAUGGGAAAACUAAGAUUAUAAUGGAAGGGAGUUGCCCAGAAAAAAGGAUACCGCCUACACUGAAGCCAAAUGGCAAUCCAAGGGGCAUUCAGUUUUCUGCUGUUCUUGACAUACAGAUCAGCAAAGACAGAGGUGUGAUUCGUGUUUUGGAUGACAAGAAGUUGAUAGUGGAAGGUUCAGAUUGGGCUGUUCUACUUUUAGUGGCUUCGUCUUCUUUUGAAGGGUCAUUCUCUCAGCCUUCAGAAUCUCGAAAGGAUCCUACAUCAGACUGUCUCAGUGUGUUACAGUCGCUGAUGAAUCUGUCGUACUCUGAUCUAUAUGCACGCCACUUAGAUGACUAUCAGAAUCUUUUCCAUCGUGUUUCACUGGUUCUCUCAACAAACUCCAAAAACAUGACAAGAAAUGUCUCUGCAGGAAGUACGAAUUUUCCUGAAGGAAGUGAAGAUUACACAGUUUCAACUGCUGAACGGAUACAAUCUUUUAAAAGAAACGAAGAUCCAUCUUUGGUCGAGCUUCUAUUCCAGUUUGGCCGAUAUUUGCUUAUUUCUUGUUCACGGCCUGGAACUCAGGUGGCCAACCUGCAGGGAAUAUGGAACAAGGAUAUUCAGCCAAAAUGGGAUUGUGCUCCUCACUUAAACAUCAAUCUUGAAAUGAAUUAUUGGCUUUCCCUGCCUUGCAACCUUCGCGAGUGCCAGGAGCCUUUAUUUGAUUUUAUUGCUGCUCUAUCAGUCAAUGGAAAAAAGACUGCACAUGUGAACUAUGAAGCAAGUGGUUGGGUUGUGCAUCAUAAGUCUGAUAUAUGGGCAAAAUCGUCUGCAGAUUAUGGUGAGGUUCUGUGGGCUUUGUGGCCAAUGGGUGGAGCAUGGCUUUGCACCCAUCUCUGGGAGCACUAUACUUUUACAUUAGAGAAGGAUUUUCUGAAAGAUAAGGCAUACCCUUUGUUGGAAGGAUGUGCAUCAUUUUUGUUGGACUGGUUGAUUGAAGGUCCCAGCGGAUAUCUGGAAACCAAUCCAUCAACUUCUCCAGAGCACGUGUUUAUUGCUCCAGACGGUAAGCCUGCUUGUGUCAGCUACUCAUCAACCAUGGACAUGUCAAUCAUAAAAGAAGUAUUUUCUGCCAUUGUUUCUGCUGCGGAGGUUCUGGGAAAAAUGGAGGAUGCUCUCAUUGGCAAAGUGUGUAAAGCUCAACAAAGGCUUUAUCCUACCAAAAUUGCUAAAGACGGUUCUAUUAUGGAAUGGGCACAAGAUUUUGGGGACCCAGAUGUGCAUCAUCGACAUCUUUCCCACCUCUUUGGCCUGUUUCCUGGGCACACUAUAACGGUUGAGAAGACUCCAGCCCUUUGUAAGGCCGCAGAGAAUACACUCUACAAACGAGGAGAGGAUGGCCCCGGAUGGUCAACCUCAUGGAAAAUUGCUUUAUGGGCACGUCUACGCAGUAGCGAGCAUGCAUAUCACAUGGUUAAGCAUUUGUUUAAAUUGGUAGAUCCAGAUCAUGAGGUAGCUUUUGAAGGUGGACUCUACAGCAACUUAUUUGCAGCUCACCCUCCUUUUCAGAUUGAUGCCAACUUCGGUUUUUCGGCAGCAAUUGCAGAAAUGCUUGUCCAAAGUACCUUGGAAGAUAUAUUCAUACUUCCUGCCCUUCCUAGGGAAAAAUGGCCCAAUGGAUGCGUUAAAGGAUUGAAGGCACGGGGCGGGUUGACAGUUUCCAUAUCUUGGAAAGAAGGAGACCUUCACGAAGUCGGUGUCUGGUCGAAGGACCACAAGUCCUCUAAAAGAUUGCAUUAUAGAGGAACUAUAGUGACUGCUAAUAUAUCAUCCGGUGGAGUUUACACUUUUGAUAGUCAGUUAAAAUGUGUAAACAUGUACUCUCUUGCUGAAGUCUCUUUUCCUUCAAUGUGAAUAAUUUUGGGUUUUUGGACUGCCCGGGUGUAGUUUUCCACAAAUCUGUUAAAGUAAACUGAAUUCCCACCUACUUGAUGUAUAUGCCCCAAUAAGUUCCUGUAGAUUCUGUUUAUUAAAGCUCAAGAAGAGUAAAUUUAUAUGUACUGUGCAAAUUUGGUUGAAGUUUCUGUUCUGAAAAUAUUGUAAGUG